GCAACAGUGGCAGCGGAGCUUACCAUAGACGUUCAGUGUGUGGGAGUACUCUGUAGCUUCCCAUCGACAGUGUGAGACAGACCUUACUGAAAAUGCUAAAGAUAUCGUGGCUGGUGGUGGUAGUGGCUGUGGUGGUGUUGGUGGCGGAUGAAGGUGAGGGACGUCAACAUUCCUCCUUCAAUAUGGUUGGAUCAUCCUGGCAUCAAGACUCAUCCAAAUCCUUUCAUCUUCCCUAUAUGAUCAAUGAAAACUUGCCCAACAACACCUACAACUACGUUAACAACAGCGACAACCACGUCACCAGUCUCUGGUACCACGACAACUUCUACAGUUUAACAGACAAAAACGGUACCAUCCAUAAGUUGUUGAACAAAAGCAUCGGCACAGGCAUCCUGGACAAGGCGUUGGAUUACUUGUUUAACAAGCUGGGUACAAGCUACGGCGGCGGGCAGGAUGAUGCUCACCUGGGUCACCACCAACUUACUCCCACCUGGCAUCAGAAGAGUGAAGAAGUGGAAGACGAUGGUUACUACGGACGCAGCUACGGGAGUUAUCAAGAUGGUAACUCGUAUUUAAGUAUGAGAAAUAAUCGUGUGUGUAGGAACUCACUGGGUAUCGUCCUUGGAAAGUGUCUCAAUAUCCAAAACUCUUUCGCCGUCGCCGCCGUGGCCAUCCUCCUCCAGUUGGCCUUGUCCUACUCCGUCUCGUCCCUCUGCACCGACGACGACGACACCGAGUCAGAAUUUACUAACACAAACUAUAUCAAUAUCAACAUCUUGGAAGGAAGUCAAACACAGGUUCAGGCUCAGGAUCAAUAUCAAGACCAGGAACAAGACCAGGAACAAUACCAGAGUCAAGAUCAGGACCAGUAUCAGGAUCAAUAUCAGGAUCAAUCUCAGGAUCAGUAUCAGGAACAAGAUCAAUCUCAGUAUCAGUAUCAAUCUCAAUCUGCUCCUAGAGCCCUAGACGGUCGGAAUUCACGACGCCGUCGUUCAGAUCAGCUCGAAGACGGAGGGGAAAUAUUUGACUAUGAGGAUCUGUAUGAUGACCUCGACCAUGAUCUGUUUCCAAUAAAGAAGAAACCUACAGGGCCAUCACGUGAUCGUCUUAGUCUGUCAUCUCAGAGUAAAGAUAAAGACCAGCAAGAAGGUCAGAGUCGCAGAGGCUUUGACCUACUGACUCCGCUGACAGAAUGGUUAAUGUGGCCGACGUGGCAGACAAUGUUCCGGAACUUUAGGGAGUCUCGCCUUUUAUUGAAUUCAAAUUAUUGUCCAGGACUUAGAUCAUUUGUCAGUGGUUAAGUCUGAUGGGGGCACAGAAAACUGGAAUCUGGACUUUGGUGUAAGUUUAGUCCUGAUUUUAAGCGUUAUUUUGAGAAUAUUUGUUCACAAAGGGAGUCAGUGGCUGAGAUGGAGAGAUAUAAGGUCUUAUGAGCUGUUUUCAAGCUCUUGGACUAGUGUGAGGUUUUGUACUUAGCCUUAUUUAGCAGGUAAAUAUCGCUGGUCCGGGACCUACCACUCCUGGCCGAGGGUGAGGCAUUCCCUCGAACUUACUAUGGAAAAUCCGUAGUUAGCUGAUGACAUUUUGGCGUAAUUGCCAGUGUUACCACAACAGCGUCAUGUGGUCUCUGGCUCUUCGAUUGUUCAAAAAUCCUCACCAUAGAUAUCCCAAAGAACACUCGAUCUUUUGGCGAUCUUCCGUACAGAGGUGAAUAAGAAUAAAAUUAAUAUCUAGAUCUUUACAACAGAAACUUCAGAAAAGGCAAGUACGGUGAUUCUGUCUGGUAUCCCAAUGAAUAAAAGGACGACUGUACAGUAACUGCUUUGAUAUGUAAAGGAACUACCACAGCAGUAGCUUGUGCCUGGCCAUAAGCAAGGCGCUGUCCAUCGCAGCAUUGGCACUCCUGUUGCAGUUCAUUCUCUGCUUCUCUGUUACUUUCUUCCGUGACACGAGCUCUAGCGACGGCGGGGGUUCGCUCAACCGUUUUAACAAUAUUAUUCUCGCUAUCCAAAAAUGGAAACAUCUUCACGAUCGGCCCUUCACAAAGCCAGGACCAAGAACACCCUCAAGACCAAUUCCAGUUCAAUGAGGACUUUCAACAACGGCAUAAUGAUUCAAUUUAUACACUGACUCGUCGUUGUCUUCAGAUCAUCAUGGAGAGGGAAUAUUUUACUUGGGGUAUGACUGAGAAUCUCUACGAGGACCUUGACCAUGAACUGUUUCCACUACUGGCAACAUCUAAUGACUCAACUUGUGCUCGUUUUAAGCUGUUUGACGAGAGUAAAGAUGGAAGCCAGAAUCAAGGAUGGGAUCUUGGUGGUGUGUUCGGGUGUGAUCUGUUGGUUACGGUGAAGAAGAGUGUUUUAGGUAGUGUCCAGGGCUUUAGGUGAGUCUUGCUUCUACACAAGUUCCAAGGUUUGUCCAGCACUAAGACGGUUCGUCACAGGUUAAAUCUGACUCCCAUUUAUCAUAUUUGAGUAAUAAAAUAAUCAAAAGCAAAUAUUAUUAAAUAUAUUCGGUUAAUUAAGUAUUCACAAAGUUUAUAUUGUGUGGUAUUUUAACCAUCGAUUUUACACUUACAAUAUGUAUCAAAUUCUUCAUGUACUUCGCUGACAAUUAUUAAUGUUAUAACGAACUGGUUGAUGGACGACUGACCAUGACUCCUGUUCCUUAAGCGAUCUAGAUAAGCUUAGCCAAGGCGAAAGACGAGGCUACUGAUCAACCCAACGAGCACUACACAAAAGUGAUGCCCCAUUAACCCUGACUGGCCGCAGAAUUGAACUCAAGCCUCUUUCUGGGCAAGCCUCUAGAGUAAACGAUUCUAAAGGGUUAGUAACUUAACCAUGGAGACUACUUAGUAUAUUGAUGCAGCUGUCGUAUAUUGUAUAUAUGAAUAUAUGAUGUAUAAAAGCCAUAUUCAACCCAGAUAUAUAUAUUGAUAGAUACUGUAUAUAGAUAGAUAUUUAUUCAGUAAACAAUCAUAUACUUUUACAUUGAUUUAGCCUGUAUAUUAGCAAUAUAGACAUACAAUAUAUAUAUAUUGUUACGAACCCCUCCACCAAUUGUCAUGAUCUACCUACCCAGCACCACG